UGGAACUUAACUUCCGGUUUGAUUCAGGCUCCGUAGAAUGUUUUUCGGCUUUAGGCAGUACCCUUGCGCAGUGUCACAGUUAUCCUACGUCAUCCGUCAUUUUCUUCAACUGCACUUGCAAUUUGCAGUUCUAUAUCUCCGAGGGAUAUAUUUUGUUUGUCGUAUGUCCAUCCAGAAUCUCAACACAUUCGACCCCUUUGCAGAUGCAAUCAAGGGUUCAGAUGAUGAUGUCCAAGACGGUCUCGUGCAUAUAAGGAUCCAACAGCGGAAUGGUCGUAAGACCUUAACAACGGUACAGGGGCUUUCUUCUGAAUAUGACUUGAGAAAAAUAGUACGAGCAUGUAAAAAGGAGUUCGCCUGCAAUGGGACAGUAAUUGAACACCCAGAGUACGGGGAGGUGCUGCAGCUGCAGGGGGACCAGCGAGAAAAUAUAUGCCAGUGGUUAACAAAGUCAGGUCUGGCCAAACCUGACCAACUCAAAGUCCAUGGUUUUUAAUCGACAAACCACCCAUGCCACUAUAUAAGGCAAUUCCACAUUCAUCAAUAUAUAAUACCUUAUCAUCUUAAAUUAUCUGUAUCAGUCACUAUCACUUGUUGAUACUUCGUGGGAUACCUUAUUAUAUACACAUAUAUAUUUCAAUAAAAAAAAAAAAAUAAAUAAAAUAAAAAAAAUUAAAAAAAAAAAAAAACUAUAUAACACAGUACCGAGAUAUAGGCACAAUAUUCUAAUCAGACGUUUUUUCUAAGAUUUUAGGAAGCAAUAUUUUACCGCUUUAUGUUAGAUAAUCCAAUGAAGGUGUCACGCUUAAAAUAAUAGUGAUAAUAGUAGAAUUUUGAGAAGAUAAGUAUACAAAGGAUAGACAGAAAUAGCAACAGAUGGUUUGGUUCAGUAAUAGAUAGUAUGUAUCUGGGCGCUAUAGACGUGUUCAGAGAGAGAUUGAAAAGUAUUGUUACCUUAGGCUUCGAGAUUGGCUUCUUUAUGUAAUCAAGAAUGCGUUGGUUUAUACAUUAGGAAAAGCAAACUUGGUGUUUGCCCUCUUGGUGUCAUCUUUUUAAUUUUGUGCCUCUGAUUUUAUACAAAUUACAUUUUUGUUUUCUUUCUUUAUUUUUUUUCUUUUUUUUUUUUUUUUUUCUUUUUCUUCCUCAUUUUUUCUCAUUAUUUCUCAUUCUUUUUCAUUUUUUUCUCAUUUCUUCUCCUCUUUUCUCCUUUUUUUUUCAUUUUUUUUUUCCUCAUUUGUUAAAAAAUAAAUUUUUACUGUAACAAAUGUUAUUUCAAAUGUUAAGCUAUGUUUCAUAUUCUUUCUAAUGCGGUAAUUAACGAAAAUUUAUUGUUCACAAUAAAAAGAUGUGGCUGUUCUCUAAAGUAAAUAAAUAGUAAUUUGACUUGA